AUGACCGAACCAGGGAACACCAUCAACGCUAAUGCGGCUGCUUUGCAACCGGAUGGGAGACCUUCGCUGGGGGAUGGUAAGGUGGCCCAAGCAUUGCGAAAAGAAAAUGAAGAUUUGCUCAAGCAGUUGAAUGAACUUCAAAAGACGCACCUGUUCAAGACCAAACAGUUGCAAGAUAAACUGGAUGAAGCGAAACAAAUGGAAGUUGACUUCCACAAGUUGAAAGAUGAGGUUGCCACGAUGAGGCACGAAUCCAGCUUCCAGGAGAAGGAGACGCAGAUUGAAGAGCUCCACGAGAAAAUUCAAAAGUAUCAAAUCGUGUACGAGGAAGCUAAUACCAAGCAGCGAACGUUGAUGAAGCAGAACGAUGAACUACGCGUGAAGCAUCAGAAACUGGUGAUGGAGAUGGACGAUCUGAGGCGGAUUGCCGACAAGGAUCGUAAAUCGCGUAGGCAGAGUUCUCACGACGAUCGCCGAGGAGUGUUCUUUAACACGAGAGAUGGGGCAACUAUGACCGAUCCAACUUCUGCCGAUUGUAGUUGCCAAGAGAUGGACGCCCAAAUCAGAGAACUGAGGAAACAGCUAACGAUCAAAGACUGUCAACUCAAUACUCAGAAAAUGAUGGCAUCUGUUAAUCCGCUAAAGAACGAUGUUGUUGAGCUUCGUGGCCUUUUGAAGACGAGAGAAAACGAAAUUUUCCAACUACAGAAGGACAUUCAGACUCUCUCGGUCUCACUGGACCAGGAACGCAAACAAGCGGACAAGCGUUGCCAAACCUGCGCUCGACAGCAGCGGCUGCGAUCGUUACGAAGCGAUAAAGCAAUUGGCACGGAACCGAACGUCUUUACAAGUAGCAGAGAUAGCAGCAGCAGCAGCAACGGCGAUAUGGAAACCUCUUCAAACCUAUCGAGAAAAUUGGAAGAAACGCAAGAAGAGCUGCGCAAGCUUAGCGACAAGUAUCAACAGAUGAAACGGCUUUGCCGGAUGCGUAAUGAAACAAUUGUGAGCCUUUCGGAGAAGGAAAACGAAAGCAGCAAUGCCAAUCGGUCCAUCCAGCAGGAAGUGAGCGCACUGCGUCGACAAUUGAAGGAAAGUGAAGAUAAGUUUUUGCAGAUGCAAAAAGCUCACAAUGGUAAAAAUGUCGUGUUAAAAGUGGAGCGAAACGUCCAGACGGAACCGUUCAAAUUGGAAGAAUUGGAAACCUUACGUACAAAGUACGAUAAGUAUAAGACGAUGGCCAUCUCGCUGGUGGAGCAAAACGAGGAAUUGAAAAAGAAGCUACAAUCAAGCUGAGUCGCGAUACGAUGUACAGACUUUGGGAACAACGCACAAGGAGGGAAAGAACUGAGCGCGCUAUGCAGUUUAACCAUUGGUGAUUCUAGUCUAGGAAAUGAAACAAAGUAGCGCAUAUUCCGCCCAUUUAAUGAGAAGCGUUCGAUAAAUGAAAAAUCUUGAAAUCGGUGAAUACAAAGGCUAUUUGCUGGUAAAAGUGUAUCGGUAUGUGUGAUGUUAUAAGUUUUGAAAACGAUAGUGUUUGUAGUAUGAUUUGGUAAGACAAAUCUCUGGAAGUUUUUUUUCGUAUAACGGCCAUCUCGAACGGAACGUCUCGUCUGGCACAGCAACUCAGUACAUACGUGUAGGCAAAUAAGAACAUUUAUUACUCUUAGCUAUUACGCAUUUACCAAUGAAAUUGUAUUUAUUAGUAUUUCGAAUAAAUGGUUUACUCAUUUCUUCAAACCUUAUUUGAAGUUUAUAAUGUUCAAA